AUGAGCUCUACCCAAUCCAACCCCCCAACCCCCAUUUACAUUCUUCGGGGCCAUGCUGCCGCCAUCCACGCACUGCAAAUAUUCAACCAAAAUCUCCGUCUCGUCUCCGGUGAUGCCGAUGGCUGGAUAGUCGUCUGGGAUCUCAUCUUCAAACGACCGGUGGCGGUCUGGAAGGCACAUGAGGGCGCCGUUCUUGAGGUGAAGGGAUUCGUGCUUGGAGGUGGACGCUUGAGUGAGAUUUAUACACACGGGAGAGACCAUAAACUCCGCGUAUGGAGAUUCCGGGUCCAGGAUGAGGAUAUUCUCCAGAAGACCCUCCCUGUGGAUGGAAGUGACCAGCCAACAGCCUCAGCUCAGAGCCAGACUCAAAUUCAACCCUGGCUGGUCCAUUCCCUCCCGGUGAAUGCAUUGAACUUUUGCGCUUUCUCACUAAUUUUUCUCGCGCCAGAUGAGAAAACACAACAAAGCGAGGAGAGAAGUAUUGAAAGCGACAUUCCCCCGUCGUCUGUCCUGUUCGCUGUCCCAAACGCGCUCGAUUCAGGCGCAGUCGAUCUGUUCCAUCUCCCGUCUGAGCGAAGAAUCUGCACCAUCCCAACUGAUCCAGCCGUGCAGACUGGGAUGGUUAUGGCUGCACAGUUAUCUCGCACCAAUGGAUCCAAGGACCUCCAUGUCGCCGCCGCAUUCGAAGACGGUCAUGUAAUGGUCUUUGGCUGCCGUGGAGUAUUCAACAAUAGUAAACCCUUAGUCGACACCAGCAGAAGCUGGAAAUGGGAAAGACUCUACAUAUCGAUACCUCACUCACAGCCUGUUCUUUCCAUAGACCUCAGCCCCUCGAGGGAAUAUUUUUUCUCCUCGUCGGCCGACGCGGUAUUGGCGAAGCAUCCUAUUCCUCAGAUUGGAGUGUCAAGUAUGCGCGACACGCCGUCGAAGAGUGUCAAUACGAAGCAUUCGGGGCAGCAGGGACUACGCGUCCGGUCAGAUGGAAAGAUUUUCGCGACGGCGGGUUGGGACUCGCGAGUCAGGGUUUAUUCGUGUAAGACGAUGAAGGAGCUUGCGGUGUUGAAAUGGCAUAAAGAGGGAUGCUAUGCUGUUGCAUUUGCAGAUGUCCCUUCUACGACCGCCUUGGAUGCGGAGACCUCAAACACCGGCACGAAAGAGCCGGAGGAGGGAGAGAAAAUUGACGACGGUGAAUCCGAGAAGGGACUUAUACAGCGUGGGGAGAAGGAAUAUUCGCUUGCUCAAGUCCAGCGCCAGCGCAGCCUGAAGGUCCAGAACACGCACUGGAUAGUCGCCGGCUCGAAAGACGGGAAGAUCUCAUUGUGGGAUAUCUAUUGA